AUGAAUUUUCGCAGUGUAAAAAAUUUGUCCAGACGUAAAAUAGCUCCCCAUUCGAAUGUCCGGGUGGGAGCUACCCUGCAAGAUACAUGUGAGAAGAACAAAACGCAGAGAAUAGGAACGUGGAAUGUACAAACAAUGUUGAAAACAGGAAAGCUGGAAAAUAUAAAAAUAGAAAUGAAAAUACAAGAUAUAGAUAUAUUAGGAUUAUGCGAAAUACGUUGGCCAGAUAAUGGUGACUUCUGGUCUGAAAACAUCAGAGUUAUUCAUACAAAUAGUACAAAAGGACAAGCCGGUGUUGGAAUUUCUCUCAAUAAGAAGUGGGGUAAAAGAGUUACGAAUGUUGUGACCUACAGUAGCAGACUAUGUUUGGUCAAAAUUGAGUCAACACCAAACAACCUUGCAAUUAUACAAGUUUAUAUGCCAACAUCAAAAGCAGAUGAUGAAGAAGUGGAAGCAGUGUAUUGA